ACAAGCCCUGUACUGUAUAUUAUUAAUUAGUAUUAGAUCUAGUUGAUCAAGAUUCUAGAUCUAUAUUCUAGAUCUAACUAAAGAGUGUUAGAUGCGAUAGUUUGUUCUGCACAAGUGUGUCUUUUGUGUUAGAGUUCUUCCCCACUGAAAUAUACAGCAGACUUAGUCUUGUCUGUUGCCUUAAUCAAGGCCAAGCUUUAGUCCACAAUUUAUCAGAUAAAAAUUUAUCCAGAAUGGAUGAGGAAGCUGAUUUUAAAACAUUGCCGAGCCUAUUCGAGUUCCUACAGGAAUGCAAUAAAGAAAUAAAAUCAGAAUUUUCACCUAACAUUACUUUAGCUGACAUAAAGCCUGAUGUAAAAACAUCUUUAAUAACUUUAGAGGAAGUAAAACCAGAUGUAUCAAUUUCAUUAUCCGCUUUUAAUGACAUUAAAUCAGAUGUAUCUCCAGCUUUAGAAAAAAUGAAAGUAGGUGCAUCAACAUCAUUUACAACAGAUAACAUUGAACUGGAUUUAGGAACAUCACGUAUAGCUUUAGAGGACUUAAAACCAGAUGUAUCAACUUCUUUUUCGACUACUGAUUAUACGAAAUUAGAUGUUUCUCCAUCAUUUUCAACAUUUGACAACAUGAAAGAAGAAAAAUCAACAUUGUUUUCAAACUUUGAAGAAGGAAAGCCAAUUUCAUCAUUCAAGAGUGAAAACCAAAAUAGUUUUGAUGAACAAAUACAACCUCUACCACAUUUAACUACUUGUGAAGAAUAUAUCCCACGUAUUGAAUCAGAUAUUUGGACUCAUUCUGUAGAUAAACAAUAUGAAUGUGAUAUUUGUCACAAAAAGGUAGCACGCAAGUCUAGUUUAGUCAAACAUAAAAAAAUUCAUUCUGGAGAUAAACCAUAUGAAUGUGACAUUUGCCACAAAAAGAUAGCAUGCAAGUUUAGUUUAGUCAUACAUAAAAGAAUUCAUUCUAGUCAUAAGCCUUAUGAAUGUGACAUUUGUCAUAAAACAUUUUCUCAGAAAGCUCAUUUAUUAUCACAUGAAAACACUCAUUCUGUAAAUAAACCAUAUGAAUGUGACAUUUGUCUUAAAAAGUUUUCACACCGAUCUAGUUUAGUCAGACAUAAGAAACUACAUUCUGGACUUAAACUAUAUGAAUGUGACAUUUGUCAUAAAACAUUUUCUCUUAAUGCUAAUUUAUUAUCACAUAAAAAAACUCAUUCUGUAGAUAAACAAUAUGAAUGUGACAUUUGUCACAAAAAGAUUACUCGCAAGACUAAUUUAGUCAUACAUAAAAGAAUUCAUUCUGGUCAUAAACCUUAUGAAUGUGACAUUUGUCAUAGAAAGUAUACUCAGAAAAGUGCUUUAGUAUCACAUGAAAAUGUUCAUUUUGGAGAUAAAUUGUAUGAAUGUGACAUUUGUCACAAAAAGUUUCUCCGCCAGUCGAAUUUAGCCUCACAUAAAAAAAUUCAUUCUGGAGAUAAACCAUAUGAAUGUGACAUUUGUCACAAAAAGUUUCUUUACAAGUCACAGUUAGCCGAACAUAAAAAAAUUAAUUGUGGCCAAAAACCUUAUGAAUGUGACAUUUGUCACAAAAAGUUUCUCCACCAGUCUAGUUUAGCCGAACAUAAAAAAAUUAAUUGUGGCCAAAAACCUUAUGAAUGUGACAUUUGUCACAAAAAGUUUCUCUACCAGUCUAAUUUAGCCAAACAUAAAAAAAUUCAUUCUGGAGAUAAACCAUAUGAAUGUGACAUUUGUCACAAAAAGUUUCUUUACAAGUCGCAGUUAGCCACACAUAAAAAAAUUCAUUCUGGAGAUAAACCAUAUAAAUGUCACAUUUGUCACAAAAAGAUGGCAUACAAGUCUAGUUUAGCUAAACAUAAAAAAAUACAUUCUGGUUAAAAAGCACAUAAAUGUGACCUAUGUCCUAGAAAAUAUUCUCAGAAAACUUUUUUAGUAUCACAUAAAAAUUCAUUCGGCAGAUAAACCUUAAGAAUGUGACAUUUGUCACAAAAAGUUUCUUUACAAGUAUAGUUUAGCCAUGCAUAAAAAAAUCAUUCUGGCUUAAAACCAUAUGAAUAUGAAUGAGACAUUUGUCACAAAAAGACAGUCUGGUUUAGCAAUACGUACAAGAAUUAAUUUUUGCUAAAUCAACUUCUUUUUUGACUACUGAUUAUACGAAAUUAGAUGUUUCUCCAUCAUUUUCAACAUUUGACAACAUAAAAGUAGAUAAAUCAACCUUUUUUUUCAAACUUUGAAGAAGGAAAGCCAAUUUCAUCAUUCAAGAUUGAAAACAAAUAUAGUUUUGAUAAACAAAUACAACCUCUACCACAUUUAACUACUUCUGGAGAAAAUAUCCCAUGUAUUGAAUCAGGUAUUUGGACUCAUUCUGUAGAUAAAUAAUAUGAAUGUGACAUUUGUCACAAAAAGGUAGCACGCAAGUCUAGUUUAGUCAUACAUAAAAGAAUUCAUUCUGGUCAAAAACCUUAUCAAUGUGACAUUUGUCAUAAAAUGUUUACUCAUAAAACAUAAUUAAUAUCACAUCAAAAAAUUCAUUCUGGAGAUCAACCAUAUGAAUGUGACAUUUGUCACAAAAAGUUUCUCCUCCAGUCUAGUUUAGCCACACAUAAAAAAAUUCAUUCUGGAGAUAUACCAUAUGAAUGUGACAUUUGUCAUAAAAUGUUUUCUCAGAAAGCUCACUUAUUAUCACAUGAAAACACUCAUUCUGUUGAUAAACAAUAUGAAUGUGCCAUUUGCCACAAAAAGAUAGCAUACAAGUCUAGUUUAGUCAUACAUAAAAAAAUUCAUUCUGUCCGUAAAUUGGAAAUCUUAUGAAUGUGACAUUUGUCAUAAAUUGUUUACUCAGAAAACAUAUAUAGUAUUACAUCAGAAAAUUCUUUCUGGAGAUCAACCCUAUGAAUGUGACAUUUGUCACAAAAAGUUUCUUCACCAUAAUAGAUUAGCUAAACAUAAAAAAAAUUCAUUCUGAUGAAAAACCAUAUGAAAGUGACAUUUGUCAUAGAAAGUACUCUCAGAAAACUUCUCUAGUAUCACAUAAAAAAAUUCAUUCUGCAGAUAAGCCCUAUGAAUGUGACAUUUGCCAUAAAACGUUUCUUUACCAAUAUAGUUUAGCCAUACAUAAAAAAAUCAUUCUGGCAAAAAACCAUAUGAACUUGAAUGAGACAUUUGUCACAAAAAGUUUCUUUACAAGUACAGUGUAGCGAUACAUUAAAAAAAUCAUAUGAACAUGAAUGUGACAUUUGUCACCAAAAGUUUAUUUAUCAGUAUAGUUAAGUAAUACAUAAAAAAAUCACAUGAAUAUGAAUGAGACAUUUGUCUCAAAAAACAGCAUACAAGUCUUGUUUAGAAAUACAUACAAGAAUGUAUUCUGGCGAAAAAAAUAUGAAUGUACAUAUGUCAUAAAAAUUUUUGCAGAAAAAUAAUUUAGUAGCACACGAAAAAACUCAUUAUUGAGAUAAACCAUAUGUAUGGGACAUUUGUCACAGAAAGUUUUAGCAGAAAGUUUAUUUAUUAUCACAUGUAAAAACCACUUGAAUGCAACAUUUGUCAUUGGAAUUUUGCCCAGAUAAUGAAUCUUUUUUCAUUAAUUAGUUAACAAACCUUGUCCUUUUAUUGUUUAGGAUUUAUGGUAUUGUACAUUAUUAGAUUCCAUUAAAUCCUAUAAUAGGGUAUCUUGUUGUUAGAAGAUACAAUGGAUUGUGCAUAAAGGGAGCCUAACAUCGUGCUCAUGUACUUUAAUGCCAAAACAAAGAACGCAAUGUAUAUUUUUUAAAAUCAGUAUUGUGAUAUUGAAUUGCAUUGUGUUGCAUUAAGUUUUUCAUAUUUUGUAGUAUAGACAUAAAUUAUUAUAUUUCUAUGUCAGUAUAUAUAUAUGCUUCCAACCCCUUAUCUUUUUAUCUUAAAAGCCUACAAAACCUAUUGAUAGAAAGAGUGUAUUUUAAACUGUUUUAUCUGAAUAUUGCACAGUAUACUGGCUAGUUAUAGUAGAAAGCUAAGUUUAAGAUGGAAUUUGUUAUAACCAACAUAAAAAAUAGAAUAGAAACAUGGGACCAGCUAAAUUUUAAAAAAAUCAAAUUAAAUAGAAUUAUUUGGUGUGUUUAGUUUUAUGUUUAUAUAUUGGCUGGGAUUUUUUGGGCCUUUUUAAAAAACGUGGAUACUGACUCUAAAUGUGCUUCUUAAAUAUUAAAGCUGGUAUUUUAUAUUUCAGUCAGAUAAGUUGCGUUAAUAUUUUUUUUAUCUAGUAGUGGAUCUUAAACAGAAAAUUCAACAUUACUAAUCUCAUAUUUUUUUUGGAAUUGUACACAUUUGCUUUGUUUCUCUUUAUUGAAAAUCUUAGUUUUAUUGUACCAUGUGUACUUAUUGAAAAUGUUCAAAUAAAAGUUUUGACUUUUAUAUAACAUUUAUAAGUUAAUAUGUUUCUUUUUGUCAGUUGUAUCUGACCCUUGGCCCGCCAGGUGAUCUAUUUCUAGAUUAUUGUGUUGGGAAAUUUACAUAUUAUGGUUGUUUCACUUUGUUGAAAACCUUUUAUUUUUUCAUAAGGCCAUUUGUAGUAGUUGAAAUUUUGUUCAAAUAAAAGGUUUCACUUUUCUGUAA